AUGAAGUUCAUUCCCGUUGCCGUUGGGCUUCUUUAUUUGAUCCAGUUGGGUCUGAGUGCUCCUCUCAACAAUGAAGACCCCUUAGGUGCCCUUGCCCAGCAUGGGGACACUCCUGGAAUCCAAUCACUGGACCCUCGGAGCACAAACGAAGCCCAUGGUGCUCUGACGCAGUUGGAAGCCCGUGCUCCUCGGUGUAUAAACCGUGCUAUAGAACUUCUCAACUUGCGUGACUCGUCUGCUGUCUUAUCAUACGUGACUCUGAGUGGCUUGAUGGCGCAUUCUAUAUGCGAACACUACCAUGACGAAGAAUGUGCCUACUGGGUCAAACUCGUAACCGGCGCCAUCAACUUCGUUUUCGCUGUUUCUCGAAGGGGGGCGCGAACUCAAGGAGCGGUUGGAGAGUCCCCGGAUAAUGAGGUGUCUAGCUUUGCUCGACGUGCCUUGCUAGCAGAAAGCUACGCAGACGCUGUUGCGCAGGCAUUCUCUGAACUGGGAAUGGAGUACAAUGGCAUUGAAGAUGUGGACAUCUUGUCCCUUUCCCACACCAAGCGCGAUGCCAUCGAGCCGGAUCUGACCCGCCGUCUCAUCGUUCGAGGCAUCAAGGCGGACAGCUUCACCCAUGAUAUCGCUUUCAACCAAUAUAGCAAUGGCGGCCAUGUACUCCACCUCGGUGGCCUCAACGAGUCUCUUCAGGCCAACCCUUCCUCAGAGAUAGCUAAGCGUACCAGCUUCGGCCAAGAGGGGCUGAAGGUUUCUGCCUUUGUUGAAGCGCCUUCAACACUCAACAUAGCGGAUUCCAAUGAGGUUGCCAAUGCCAUUGGUGAAGAUUGGGUGCAUCGAGCCGCCUACAACGAUAUUUCUGAAUAUAUUGGGUACGUCAUGGGCGGCAGCAAAAUCAAUUUUAUUUAUCGAAUCAUCCCCAAGGUCCAAGGCUUUGGUCUGAACUACGAGGAUGUCGGGGUGUGUGGCGCUGUUGGUCCCCCGAAAUAG